GUGGGCACAGCCGAGCCGAACUGAGCGUCGCCGGGGGGGAGGCCGGUGCACUCCGGGAUGCAGAGGACCAAAGGUUUCAUUGGUCGGGCUGUCAGUGCUCCAGAUUUGGUGUUCUGCUCUUGGACUUCAUGAGGAAACUGAUGUCAGAGCUUAUUUGGGAAAUCAUAGAUGGAAAAUGGCCAGAAAGUUUGGAACUUCUAUCAGUUGGCCUACAGAGGUAAUGACUCUUGAAUCCAAUGAAUUACUAAUGUCACACCAAAUAGAUGAAAAGAAAGAAAGUGAAACUAAAGUGGGGUUAACUAAUGAAAACGUCAAGGUCAAGCUGACCAGUAGCCUAAAUCCUUCCAGCGUUUAUUACAAUGGCAAUAUGAAAUCGUUGUGUAAUGGAUCUACAAAUGGGAGCAUUGAUAUCUUGUUAUCCAUGGGUAAUUCAGACUCUAGAAUGUUCCAAAAUUCAUCUCCACAGAAGGUAGAUAACUGUUGUGACCAUAGAGACAUCAAAGAGGAGGAAAAUGGGGAAGAUAGUAUGGGUCCUUCAAAAAUAAUGCAAAUAUUUUCAAGUCCUAGGAAGAAGGCCAAUUGGAGCUCUGAUAAUAGACCCUGUUCUGUGAUAACAAUGGGGACUUCUCCCACUUGGAAUGCCCUAUCGUCCUUAAGGAAAAUGGGUUCUUUCAAAAAAUUGAAAUCUUCAGUUUUCCAAGGAAUUCAAGCCAGAGAAAACUCUGAUGUUAUUAAUGUGGAAGAUUUUGAAACUGUGCACAAACAUAUGCAAAAUGGCCAUGGCAAGCAAAUGCAGAAUAGGUAUUCUUGCACAGAGACUUUACAGGACAUAUGUAGCUCUGUAGAGGACUUUGCCUCAGAAGGCUCAGAAACUGAAGAUGUUGAUGAAGCCUUUUUGCGCCACACUCAUCGAUCACGAAGCAUUAGACGUGCUUACAGGGUUGGACGGAUAAGUUUAAUAGACCGUGAUAAAUCAGCAAUUCAAGAGGACUCCUGCAGAGUUGUGUCCCUUGGGGUCCAAGAAUCAAACAUUAAUGACUCAAUAGCAACCAACUGUAAAAACCACAAAGUUAUUUAUAGAAGAAGCAAAAGUACUGAUAAUUUAAGCUUUUUCAAGAAAAGUUCAUUUAAGAGGAAAUCGGCCUCCAACCUCACAGAGUUAAAAGUAACCAAUGAAAAUGUAGGGCUGGAAAAGACUGUAAGCACUUCAGAAAACUAUGAGGAAGUCCAUGGCAGUGCCAAAACUCAAUCAAAACGUUGGAGGAGUCCAAUCAGGACGAAAGGUUUUGACAGAAUGCUAAGAUUAGUGAGUAACGUUACAGAUGCCGCAAGAAGGCGAGGGAGUCCCUCAAAGGAAAAUUCACCAUUAUGUGAACAAGGAAAUUUAACAGUUCGACCUAAUAGCAGGUUGCAUGAUGAUUAUUCUCGAAGAGUUUCUAGUGGUGCUGACAAUGAAAGACACAGAUACAAAUCCAGCUGGAAGAAAGAUUCUUCCUUUCUUGAACCCUGUAGUCCAUUCACUUCCACAAACAUUCCAACUACCACCAUGCACAUGGAGAAAUCAUUAUCCUCACCAGAGCUUAAAGCCAAUAGACCUUCCCAGUGUUUCAGCGUAGGUGUAACAAAUCCAAGCAAUCUGAUUACCUGUUCUCUCAUUAGUCCCACUACUAGUGAAGUUUUUUUUAAUAAUUCAAAUGAAUUGACUCAGUUCACAAUUAGAAAUGAACAGCCUGGUAUUGCUGACAGGCCAACUGCUUCUAAACCUCAGAGUCUUAGUGCUGAAAAGGUCAAACACAAUAUUACAUUCCAUUGUUCAAAUCAAUAUAGUACUUUGUCACUUAGCUCUAUGGACAGCGACGGACGAAUUGAAGGAAUUAUCCCAAAAGCUGGAAGAUGUCCUGUGUCAUUUCAGGAUCUGGUGCAAACAGUAUACUCUGGUAAUGAGGACAGUGGGAUAAGCAGCCAUUCACAGCUUAGUCUGAACACAGUUUCUGGAGUGGAUGAAAAGAAGGAAGAGGUCUCUUCUGAAGACCAGUUGAGAAAGCCAUUAUCUUCUCUGGAAGAAGAAAAGACGAACACACACAGAGCUGGUCAAAGAAGGUGGAACUGUGGGAAAGGCAGGCAGCGACAACGGCCGCUUUCAGACUAUGGCCAGUUUGCAACCAGAAAGUUUUCUAUCCCAGAGAAUGAUCUUCCUAUCCAACCCCCAGAAAUGGACUUUGCAGAUUGUGAAGGCAACACUGAGGCAUCUUGUGUUGAUUCCCAGACACAGAAAUAUACCACUAUUCAGCAACGUGGAAACGAAAAAAGGAGACCCAUCUCUGUAAUUGGUGGGUUUAAUAUCUAUGGAAGUAAUAAGUCUGAGGAAAUGGAGGACCUUUUUACAGUACAAUCAGUUCGACCGCCCAUCCCUUCACAUCAAGUGCCACCAUACAAAGCAGUGUCUGCCAGAAUUCGACCUUUAACCUUCUCCCACAGCACACCCAUUGGUUUAGAUCGGGUUGGACGCAGAAGACAAAUGAGGACAUCAAAUAUUUCUGCCGAUGGAGGCACAGAGUCUUCUGCGCUGGUUGAUGACAAUGGCAGUGAGGAGGAUUUAGCAUAUGGAGAAGUAAACCAUGCAAAUCCCAGAUACCUUCAGCCUGGUGGAGAACAACUUGCUGUAAAUGAGCUAAUAAGUGAUGGCCACGUUGUCUGUGCAGAGGCACUAUGGGAUCAUGUUACCAUGGAUGAUCAGGAGCUUGGAUUCAAAGCCGGAGAAGUCAUCCAAGUGCUUGAUGCCUCCAACAAGGAAUGGUGGUGGGGCAUGAUUGAUGACAAAGAAGCCUGGUUUCCUGCCAGCUUUGUUCGACUACGGGUGAACCAGGAGGAUGCCAUAGGUGAAUACGCUGGAAAGUUUCCAGAUGAGCACUUGGAUACCCACUGCAAUAAACAUCGCCUUCACAAAAAUGCAGAAAACCAAGAACAGAUGAGAACAAAUGUAAUCAAAGAGAUUAUGAAUACUGAACGGGUCUACAUCAAGCAUCUGAAAGACAUCUGUGAGGGGUAUAUUCGUCAGUGUCGCAAACAUACAGGGAUGUUUGCUGAAGCACAGUUGAUUACCAUUUUUGGGAACAUUGAAGAGAUUUACAAAUUCCAAAGAAAAUUUUUGAAGGAUUUGGAGAAACAGUUCAAUAAAAAUGAACCUCAUCUGAGUGAAAUAGGAUCCUGUUUCCUUCAACAUCAAGCUGAGUUUGGGAUAUACUCUGAAUAUUGCAAUAAUCAUCCCAGUGCAUGUCUUGAGCUUGCCAAACUAAUGAAGCAAAGUAAAUAUCGUCACUUUUUUGAGGCUUGUCGACUACUUCAACAGAUGAUUGACAUUGCAAUUGAUGGCUUUCUUCUGACUCCAGUCCAGAAGAUUUGUAAAUACCCACUACAGCUUGCUGAAUUACUCAAAUACACUACCCCAGAUCACAGUGAUUACAAAAGCAUCAGUGCUGCCUAUGAGGCCAUGAAGAAUGUAGCACAUCUGAUUAACGAACGCAAAAGGCGAUUAGAAAGUAUAGAUAAGAUUGCUCAGUGGCAAGUGUCCAUUAUAAACUGGGAGGGGCAAGAUGUUUUAACUAGAAGUUCAGAAUUAAUCCAUUCUGGAGAGUUGACCAAAAUCUCAAGCCAAGGAAAAAGCCAACAGAGGACUUUAUUUCUUUUUGACCAUCAAUUGUUCUUCUGUAAAAAAGAUAUGCUGAGACGAGAUAUGUUGUAUUACAAAGGCCACAUUGACAUGGAUGAGAUAAAAGCAGUGAAUGUUGAUGAUGGCAAAGACAAAGAUUUUAACAUUCACGUAAAAAAUGCCUUUAAAUUGAUGAGUAAAGCAACAGAGGAAGUCCACCUAUUUUGUGCCAAAAAGCCAGAAGACAAACAACGAUGGCUGCAGGCAUGUAUAGAUGAAAGGAAAAGAGUAGAAGAAGACAAAGAAAUGGACUCGAUGGGCCGAAUGGCCUACUUCUGCUUGCUUGUCUUGUGAUCUUGUGAUUCAGCAGGAUAUAGACCAAUUGGAAAUGUGAGCAGAGAAAUAGCAGAUGGAGUUUAAUCUGGACAAGUGUGAAGUGUUGCACUUUGGGAGAUCAAAUGUAAGAGGAAAGUAGUACAUGA